AUGGCGCGACGACGGGACGUCGCGAGCGCGCGCUGGUGCGAGGUCCCGUUCGCGCACGCGGUGACCGUCGUCGUCGGGGAUGAGAUGGCGAGCGCGACGACGUCGACGGCGAGAGGAGGGUCGAGAGGCGAGGACGAGGCGCGCGCGCGCUCGGGUGCGAUGGCGUCGCGCGGGAUGGAUGGAACGGUGGAAGGGGGGGACGAAAGCUUUGACGUCGAGCGGUGGGCGUGGACGGGGGCGAGAGACGGGGGGAUCGUUCGGUGGGCGCUGGACAAGGGCGCGGCGCGGCGCGCGGGAAGCGCGGGCGCGGCAAACUAUUGCUCAGGACACGACGACGCGGUGGUUCGUUUCGUGAAGGCGUCGCGCGCGAUGGUGAGCGUGGACGCGGCGGGGGCGAUGUGCGCGUGGGACCGUCGGACGGGGAGAUGUCUGCACAAGCGCGCGACGCCGCGAGGCGAGGUGAGAGCGGUGUGCGAGACGGCGGUGGAGUGCGGAGAGGAGGGCACAGAGGGCGUUGCCUUGAUCGUCAGCGUUGAAUCACGUGGUGAACAGUGCAGCGUAGUUGACCCACUGGGCUCGGGCUCUGUCAGUUUGGGAAUACCUCAGGACUUUGGAAUCGUGGCUGAAAUUUUUGUCGACGCGAGCGGCACUCUGAGUGUGCGCAGUGUAGACGGUCGGACGCACAGCUGGCCAAAAGUGGAUGCGCUGGUGACGCACGAAUCAGUUCAUCCGCCGAAUAGAAACACGAGCGCGUUCGAUUUGACCGGUUGGGGCAGCAUCACCAAAGUGACGUCCGAACUCAUCAGUGAGACUAACGCGAGCGAAAAUUUCAAUCACGAAGUGGACACCCCGUUCGGACGAGUGCACGUUCGAGGAGAUGAAGCGAACUGCGUGUUGUCGGUGAACGAUUGCUCGUUUUCGCUGUCAGAUAGAUGGAAUUCAACUCCAGGUUUAGUCGUCACCUCGUGUGCACCCGCAAAAGGGGGAGCAUAUGCGCCAGAGUCUUACAUUUAUGGAUACUCUGAUGGUACAAUUUGCUCGUGUCCAUUGUACGGAAGCUCGACCACCUCAGCCAAGUUCAGUGGUCAUGAUGGCGCCGUACUAUCUUUACUGGAUUGGGUGGACGGUCAGAAUGAGAAUUUUUUGAUAUCUGGUGGAAAAGAUGGUACGGUGCGUGCGUGGGAUUACCGAGUCUCAAAAAAUGUUGCCAUCUUGCGGCAUCAUCAAGGCCCGGUACGAUGGAUUCUUUCCGCGCCAAAGAGCGCCCGAGAGGUGAGUUGGAAUAAUAUUUUUAUCACGAUCGGUGACGACGGCGUCCUUGGUUUAGUCUCCGCUGAGACGUGGGCUGUCAACUUCAUCAUGCCUGGGAAUGGGGUCGCUGUGAAGGAAUUGGUUUGGAAUGCUCCACGAGGUGCUUUAGCCGUAUUGAGCAAGGAUGGAAGUUUGCACGUUUGGGACAUCUUAACGGGAGUUUUAGAACGUCAUCUUAUUGGCGCAGCCGCUGGUGUAAUGUUGAAUAGUCUUCGAGAAGGAUCUUUUCACAUCCUGUUGCAUGGAGCUGUUGGUCUAGCGCAGCGCCAAUGGAGGUUUACGAGAAAACGACUGAGACCGUUGACAUGGAGAUGCAUGCAGGCAAACAUCUUCGGUCUUACCGUUCAUACUGACGCUUUACUGGAGCCCGUAAGAGCUGGUCUCCCUUCGCAUGGGGUUAAGCGCAGAAUUAGUAAUUUGGUACCGUCAGCAACGUCAUCAAUCGCCAAAACGUUCGUCGAUGAAGAAGUGCGAGCAUUGCAUCUAUUUCUUGGUACGUUGCUCAACACGAACGAUUCAAUCGUCACCGACGACGUUUUGGCCAUCUUCUUCGCAGAGAAUUACAGAUCCUCGAGUGUCAGUUUGCAUAGUUGUGAAGGUGCAGCGACUUUCAAUUUGCCGGGUGUACGUGGUUCAAAAGAUGUGAACGUUGAUCGCGAGAUUCGUAUUCUGACGAUUGCGGUGAUAAUUAGGAUCAUCCAAGUGAGCGAAAGCUUGAGCAUUUCAUCGUACUGCGCGUUGAUAAAUGCGAUAGAGGAAAGCAUCGGGCAGGUGGAUGAUACGGAUUUAGUCUUCUUCGCAGGCUCCUGCAUGAGUCCUGUGGAGUGCAUACGUCAAGCAUCGAGACGAUUGCUAUCUGUGAGCGUGAAAAAGUCUUUACCGACAACAUUUAAAUCUCUUGCGCCUACGAACUUGUUUGGUUGCGAGCAAUACAAGAGGUGGGACCGGUUGGCUUCUGGUGAAUUUAUGCAGGGUUUGCUCGGCCUGAUAAUUUCGAGUGUGGUUUGCUUCAUCCCAAACAAAGGCGUGCAUGAUAGCUGGAAGAUCGCUGUAUCAAACUCUCUUUUAGAGGCCUUAUCAUUGCCUGACAAGAACGUCGUCUUCACCGCAGCUUCAUUACUAACAGAGGGCAUCAAACUUGCAAACUGGUCUUCGUGUUUGAGCGAUCCAAACAAGUCAUUGGAAGAGGUGUUCACCCUUUGUUCGACGAUGAUGAGCUCGGCAACGAGUCCCACCGAGUCCAUGAUCGCUCGUGAGGCGCUCAGCGAUCUACUAUCGGCUUUUGCUCUGGUCAGUCCGCCCUUCUUCUUUUCUCACAUGAACAACCGAUUCCGCACGCUCGAUCCAGACCAUCCGGCUCAUGUGCUGGCCUUCAUGGCGCUCAUACGUGUCGCUCAAACACACGUGAAAACGCUGCAGACGCACGCUGUAUACAUGAUGGAAACCAUAAUGCUGGCUUUGAAUCCAUCAAACUUGAUACUGCGUAAAAACUGUCAACAGACCGUGUAUGUUUUACUGACAGAACUCGGCAAAUCUUCUUCGAUGGCUUUCCACCGAGAGACGCAACGCUUUGUCACCGCCAUACAUGGCGCCGUGAAAAAUGGGACAGUGAUGACGGUCUACGAUUUGCACAGUGCCACGAAGUGGCGGAACCUGGAGGAUAGUCACACAGAUUCAUACGAUAGAUCUUCUGAGACGUCGUCGGCAGACUGGUCAGAUCCACUCAGUCUCCUUUCACCUGAAAAGCACGUCAAACAUUCUUCGAACGUGUUAGUCAAUCACGCAGGAUCGGCUCUCGCCACUGACACGGGGCAACUUUCCGUCAAGGCGGUGUCAUUCGACGCCGAAGGCAAUCAAGUUGCUGCGUAUUUGGAUAAAUUAUCAUUUGUGUAUGUCUGGGAUCUCACGACCUCCUGGCGUCACACAUUCGCGAGAGGGACUCUACCGUUGGGAACUUCACAUUACAUGCCGUGCGUUCCUUCCGAAGCGCCGUUAGAUGACGCGACUCUGGGCGGAUCAGGUGAGUCAUCCAUUGAAUGCUCGCUGAAAUUUGUCAAGUCGCGUCAAAUUCAUCUUGUCCACGGCGAAGUGGACAUGGUGUUUAGUUUCGUUUAA